AUGGUGUUAGCUCGGAUUCUAAAGCAGCUUUCUGAGCACCUCCCGCCGUUCUCGGCGAAAGACGCGAAUACGCUCGCGCUGACGGUGCGAAACGCCGCCGUGGCAGCAAGAGAAGUUUCUUCGGUGCUAGUAGCGAGGCACGGUUUAGCGAGGCUGGCGGUGCUGCGGCUGCUGCUGCUGCGCAAGGCUGUGGGCGGUCAGGUUUCACGCGCGACAGAAGAGAAGAAGGAGGGGGAGUGUGACCCUAACCAACUACCCUGCUUUGGCCUCGAGCUGCUGCGCGCCUUGUGCGGCAUUCGGCCGAAGCGCGGGCACGGGACGCGGAAUGGCGGACGGAGAGAGGGGACCAGCCGGGUUCGGCGGCGGCAGGCAUCUCGCCUGCGACGAACGGACGGCGGAGAUGCGCGGAGGCAAGACAAGGGGCGCCACGCGCGGAUCAGCAGAGAUGAGGGCGACUCGCCAGAUGACGAACUGAGCAGCGAAUGUGAAGGAGAGGCGGAGGAGGAGGAGGAGGCGGAGACGGAGGGGAAUACUGAACAAAGCAACACGGUUGCCGUAACGAACAUGUUCGGCGGAGAGGAUGAGGGGAGUGAGGGGUGUGAGGAUAGCAAGUCGGCAGUAUCCCUGCCAUCGUCGCUCGCAGUGGCGGAAGCGGCGGAAUCCGCGGAAGCAGCGGAAUCAGCGGAAUCGUCAGGGGCAGCGGGCGCAGCACAGGCAGCACAAGUUGCCAGGCUGCAGCUCUCCCUGGCUGAGGCGCAGCAGCGUGUCAACUCGCUCGUACGCGAGGUGCAGAUGACACGCCACAUCAUCGAGAUGACACGGGCCGAGAAUUCUGCUGAUGCGGACGCUGAAGUGGAUGCUGACCUGGCAGCCGUGGAGGAGAUGGUGGAGCGGCUGGCACGUGGCGUGCAGAUCCGAGAGGAGAUCCAGUCGAAGCUGGAUGUGGCCAAUCGGAGGAUUGCUGAGCUGGAGGCUGUGAAUGCUGAGCUGGUCACGGAGGCAACGCGGUGGCGACACGUGGCGGAGAGGCUGAGUGUUGAGCUGGAAAAGGUGACGCAACCAAAACAAAUGGAGGCGCUUGGAAUCUCCAUGGCUUCUCUAUUAUCUCCUUCUAAGGAGGAAGAUGCAGCAACAGAAGAAGCGGUGGAGAGAGGAGAGGAGGAAAAGGAGGAGAGCGAGGAGGAGAGGGCGGACGAGGGAGAGGUGGAGAGGGAGGAGGAGGCAGCGGGAAAGGCUGAUGUCACAGAAGAGACGGAUGCAGUGAAACGAAGCACACAGAAGGAGCGAGAAGAGACAGAAGCGCGCCGAUUGGUCGAGAGUGCCAACACACGCAUGGCGGCGAUGGGCCUGGAGCUUGACACGUGGCGGGAGACGACAUGUCAGCUGCGUGCCAGCCUGGAAGAGGCGCAGAGGAGGAUUCAGGAGCUGUCGCUGGUGGGGAGAGAAGUGGCCUCUUUGCAGGUGCAGCUGGUGGCGGCGUAUGCGAGGAUUGCUGAGCUGGACCGGGCCGUUUCUGAGCUGGAAUCUGAGCGGCACGCGCUGGAGGAUGACCUGGCGUGCGCACGUGGCGUGGUGGGUGCUGUGUCGGCGAAACUGGUGGGCGUGCAGCAGCAGCAGCAGCAGGAGGAGGAGGAGGAGGCGGCGGAUUGCACUUCCUGUGCAGAUGAGGAGCGAGGGGAUGAGGAGAGCGAACACAGCCAAGGGAUGGAAGGCGACUUGAUGGGGGAUGGAGAGAUGGGGGAUGAUGAUGAUGAUGAAUUGGCGGCUGAGGAAGUGAGAGGUGGUGCGGAGGGGAAUGAGAGUGCGUGUACCCGGAUUGCGUUGGAUGAGGGUGAUGUGGUGAAGCGUGGAUGGGGGGAAGUUGUGGUGAGGUGUGUGGGGGAGUGGAUGACUGAUAAAGGGAUUGAGGAGGUGAGUGAGGAAGGGAGUGAGGAGGUGAGUGAGGAAGAAAGUGAGGAGGUGAGUGAGGAAGGGAGUGAGGAAGGGAGUGAGGAAGGGAGUGAGAAGGGGUGUGAGGAGGUAAGCGAGGAGGCAAGAGCAGCGCAACAGAAGUUGGCAGCUCUUGAGUCGUUGUGUGGCGCAGUGGCGGCUGGAGUGGGCAGGACAGACAGGGACGAGAGGGCCAUGGGGAGAGAGGAGAGAGCGAUACAUGAGGGAGGGCUGGAGGAGGGGAAGGUGCUGGAGGGAGGUACGGAAGGGGCUGAAAUGGAGGCGGGAGAGGAGAAGGAAUAUGAAGAGGGUGGGAAGGGUUAUGAAGACGGAAUUCUCUGCCGACCAUCAACUCGGCUGCCCUCGCAAAGGAGUCGCGUGGUCAUUCGCGCAGCCGAAGGCGAAGCCGCUGGAGAUGCAGCACCGGCCGCAGCCGCGGCGACUGUACCAUCAACGGCGGAGGACCCUCUGGCGUACAAGCAUCUCCUUCUCCCCAUUAUGGACCGCAAUCCGUUCCUGAACGAAGCUACACGACAGGCUAUCGCUACGGCCACCGCCAUGGCAAAGAAGGGCAGCGCCGACAUCACCGUCGUUGUGAUCGACGAGGACCAGUCGGAGACCAAGGACGAGCACAACCAGCGCCUCGAGAGCAUCCGCUUCCACCUCGCGCAAGGCGGCUUCUCGGACUUCUCGCUGCUGGAGCGGCUGGGGGAAGGCAAGAUGCCGGCAGCAGUGGUGGGGGAGAUCGCAGACGACCUGGAGCUGGACCUGGUGGUGAUGAGCAUGGAGGCCAUUCACCACAAGCACGUUGAUAGCAACCUGCUCGCUGAAUUCGUUCCCUGCCCCGUGCUCCUCCUGCCACUGUAG